UCCCUCCCUCCCCAUUGAGAGGUAUAUAAAGGGACCUGUGCUUACCUGUUCUCAGGUGUCACCUGCAACGGAAGACCUUUCUUGCACACAGACAGGUCGAGAACAAAGCCGGAGAUGGGGCCGGGAGCCUACGUCUCUCUGGGGCUCCUCACCUGCUUGGCUUCUGCCCCUUUCAUCAAAGGCCCCAUUAAUUUUGUAAUUACAGCUGCGACGGGCCUGAAAGUCUCCGCUACCCUUUGUCCGGAAAACUGGAUGUAUUACAAGGACAAUUGCUACGGCUAUUUCCCCCAAAAGAAGGACUGGAAAGAGGCGGAGAAAGAAUGCCAGAGCCGGAACGCCCACCUGGUCUCUAUCCUGAGCAAGAAGGAAGCCUGCCGAGUCCAGAAGUUCCUGUCCAGAUUCCAACCUGAUGGCGACAUCUGGAUCGGGCUCCACAACCCCAGCAAGUUCCUAGGCCGCCUCUUAUGGGAAUGGACGGACGGCCAGCACAUGGACCACAGCCAGUGGAGCCCCGAGGAGCCCAACAACUUCGAAAACAGAGGAGAGUUCUGCGCAGAGAUCUGGAAGUCCUCAGAAUUUAAGAAGUGGAACGAUGAAACCUGCGAUGUGAAGAACAGCUUCAUCUGCAAGCUCAGUUUGGAGGAAACCGAAGAGCAGUGCUUCCUCUGAGCCGCCAGGAAGUCCUCCAGGUGCCACCUUGGCUUCCCACUUCAGAGGCUGGAUGGCCAUCUGUCGAGAGGGCUUGGGUGGUGUCCUCCUGCCUGGCAGGAUGGGGCUGGACUGGAUGACCUCUGAGGGCCCUUUCCAACUCUAGGAUUCUAUUAUUCCAUCCAUCCAUCCAUCCAUUCAUCCCAAUAAACUCUUUCUGUAAA